CUUUGUGUUAAUAUUACAGAUGGAUGCAGAUGGGGAAAAUAAAAAGCUGCGCACACGCUCAAAAGGAACCAAGGUUCAAGUGGACUCUAUAGCUCAAGAGCUCAGUGCCUACAAAUGCUCCAUGGCUAAGAGAAAAGCUGAAGAACAGAUUUCAGGUGUUCCUGUCAACAAAAGGAAGUCUCUGCUAAUGAAGCCUCGCCACUACAGUCCCAGCCUGGAAUGCAAAGAGGAAAAUGAAGACAGGACAGAUUUACAGGAGAAUAUCGGUGUUCUCGAUAGCAAUUCAAUUCCAGAGGAAAGGAUUGCAAAACCAUGUGAGGAAACCCCUCAUUCAGGUGGGCAAGAAAAUUCCAGUCAAAGAAAAGAUAACUACACCAGUUACCAAGAUGCAAUGGCCAAAUCUUUGAUGAACAGUGGAAAAAUUGCAAAAGAUGCACCCAGUCAAACAGUGGCAGAAAAUCUAAAUGACAGUGGCAUUCAAUCCUUAAAAACAGAAAGUGAUGACAUUGAUGAAUGUUACAUGAUUGACUCAGCUGAAGGAAAGGAAAAGACUAUUAUUUCUGACCCAAAAUAUUGUUCAUCUGAGGAAAAUGAAAGUAACUCUGAAAUGAUGGAAAAUGAGUGGGACAGCUCCUCAAAUUUUUCAGAAGAAACUAGUGUAAAGCCCCAUGUAACUCAGAAAUAUAUUGCAGAGUGUAAUCAACCUAGCAUCUUGGAAGUCCCUGAAAUUAAGAAGGAGGAGGUAGAAUUUGAGCCUUGUGAAACACUUUGUGAUUCAGAAGCAGAGCUAAGAGCACCCCAGGAGUCUCACCCAGAUUCUUUUGAGAAGAGAAUUCAGAAUGUGUUCCCUGAAAGCGAAGAAGAUGACAACGAGUGCCUGUCAGAAACCACAGAAAUGUCAGUUGAAUUGGACAAAGCAAAAGGGAACUUGAGUUUGCUAGAAGAAGCAAUAGCUCUGCAGGCAGAGCAAGGGCAUGUGUUUCACAGCACCUACAAAGAACUGGACAGGUUUCUCCUGGAGCAUCUAGCGGGGGAGAGGAGACAAACCAAAGUUAUUGACGUCGGUGGGAGACAGUUAUUUAGCAACAAACACUCACCCAGGCCUGAAAAGAGAGAAACCAAAUGUCCCAUCCCAGGAUGUGACGGCACAGGGCAUGUGACUGGGCUGUACCCCCACCACCGCAGUCUCUCAGGCUGUCCUCACAAAGUUAGAGUGCCACUGGAAAUUCUUGCCAUGCAUGAAAAUGUUUUAAAGUGCCCCACACCAGGAUGCACUGGAAGAGGACACGUCAACAGCAAUCGCAACACACACAGAAGCCUUUCUGGUUGUCCAAUUGCUGCAGCUGAAAAGUUGGCAAUGUCCCAGGAAAAAAGCCAGCUCGAGUCUCCAAAAGCAGGGCAGUGCCAUGAUCAAACUCACAGCACAAAUUUAACUAAGCAGCUUGAGGUAGCUCAGUACAAUUACAGAGCUUCACAACCAGUCACUUCCUCCAGAACCACCCUCACAAAAGAAAAGGAGAAGUUCGGGAAAGUACCCUUUGAUUAUGCCAGCUUUGAUGCACAAGUCUUUGGCAAACGCACAAUAGCACCUGCGGUGCAAGGGCGAAAAACACCACAGUUCCUUGAAUCAAAGCAUUUUUCAAAUCCAGUGAAAUUUUCUAAUCGACUGCCUAGUGCUAGCGCCCACACACAGAGCCCUUGCCAUGCCAACUCUUAUAGCUACGGUCAAUGUAGUGAAGACACCCACAUAGCAGCAGCUGCUGCUAUCCUGAACCUUUCCACCCGCUGCAGGGAAGCAGCAGAGAUCCUCUCCAACAAACCACAGAGUCUGUCUGCCAAGGUAGGGUAGUCCAAGAACCUGGAGGGUGUGCUAGCUACUGAACUGUGCGAAUAAACUGUCUUUCAUGUUAGUGACUGCAUUAAAUCCCCAAAAAGAAGGCUUCUGUUUGCAUGCUCUUUUGAAGAGAAAGAAAAAAAUCAGUAAUGUAGUGACCAUUUAUUCAUAAAAAUAAAUAAAUAGCAGGAGUUAUGUUGUUAUUCUUUUCAUAAUUGAGCCCUAAAUACAAAGAGGAAAUUUUGUGGGAAUAAUAAAGAUGGAUAUAUGAAAUCUAGCAACAAUCUGUGUUGGAUAAUGAGUUAGAUAUGUUUAAAGAAGGAAUUUUCCUCUCUCUGAAACCUGCCAUAAACAA